AUGGGACUUGAACUUGUUAUGAGGAUAGAGUUUAUCUUCACUACUGAUAAUAGGCCGCAACAUCAGCCCUUAAUGACAAGAAAAUUAACCCAAGGAUCAGCCACGCACACUUUGGUUUGGUUUGCAGCCAUAAUCUGCACCGUCGUAGCCAUAGCCGUGAUCAUUGCAGGCAUCGUGGUGUUUUCCGGCUACAUGAUCAUCCAUCCAAGGGUGCCUUUAAUCACCGUCACCUCUGCUUAUCUCGAUAACUUUCAAAACACCGAGGCCAGUCUUCUUGAAACGGAGAUCACCAUUGUUGUAAGGGCGGAGAACGACAACACCAAUGCGCAUGCAAGCUUUUCGGAUACAAGCUUCAUGCUGAGCUUCCGAGGGCUGAACAUUGCGGGGCUGGUGGCGUAUCCGUUCGAAGUCAAUAAAAAUAGCUUGGUUGAUUUCCAUUACUUGGUGCAAUCAUCGUAG